AUGCCUGCCCAGCUGCAUGUGGUGUUCGGAGUUUCCAACCUCGGAUCCACGUCCGAUACAUCGACACACGGUUUCCUCUCCAUGAUUCGAAAGUUGCAAUUGACCAAAGUUCACCAUCCCGUGGAAUUGACCUACGAUGGCGAUGGACUCCGCAUCGAAGGCGAUUUUAAUGCCGCUAAAAGAGGCAAACCUUCGUACACAUGCUUUUGUAUACCCUUACCGCCUCCCAAAAGGGCCGACCCGUUACUGUUACCUAUUCAGAAUACGAAUAUAUUACGUGUUUGCUACAAUGAAAGAUUAAAGAUGGUGGAGAUUCACGCCUUGAUACCCAUGCAACACGACAAGGAAGACUCGCUGCUGGAACUGUACAAAUUUAUGUAUUCUCUCAGCGACAACAACGAAGAGGAAGCAAAGCAAUUUUGCAAGGACUUGAUGCACGAUGUAUAUAAAGACAUGAAGCCGGAAAAGCGCCUAAAGGUUAUUGUUAAUCCGGCAGGAGGUCAGGGAAAAGCAAAGGAUAUAUUUGAAUUUGGCGUAAAACCGGUGUUUGAGGCAGCCAACUGUGAAAUGGAUAUCCAGUAUACCGAACAUCAAGGACAUGCUCUUCAAAUUGCAAAAGACCUUGAUAUUAAUCGCUAUGAUGCAAUUGUCACGGUUAGUGGCGAUGGGAUCAUUCAUGAGGUGAUCAAUGGUUUUCUUCAACGACCGGAUGCGAGACAAGCCAUCAAGAACGUACCGCUGGGACUUAUCCCGGGAGGAACCAGCAAUUCACUUAGCAUUUGUCUUCUCGACUAUGUGCGCGGAUACGAUCCCGUCUAUUCGGCAUUACAAGUCAUUAAAGGACAAAAUCUGGCCCUGGAUUUAUGCUCCGUAACAUAUGCCGACCAUCGUUACUUUUCAUUUUUAUCUCAGAACCACGGUAUCACCGCUUACGCAGAUUUAGCCACGGAACAUCUACGCUGGAUGGGUGAUACACGAAACAUUAUUGGGUUGAUGCAGCAGAUCUUUGCACGUCAAAGCUAUCCUGUGGAAGUUGCUCUUCAAAUCGAGGAGUCCAACAAGGAAAGAAUCAAGAGUAAAUACAGAGACGCUUUGGUCCAUCCCGUCCGCCCCCCGCUGAAUGAGCUCGAUGGACCGGUAGUCGACACUAUUCCGCCUCUCUCGGAACCGGUUCCGGAAGACUGGACCGUGAUCAAUGACGAUCUCGUUUUCUUUUUAACGAGCAAAGUGCCCAGUGUGGCGAGAGAUAUGUUGACCCAUCCAUGCGCACUUCCCAAUGACGGUCUGAUUGACGCUUUGUUUGUGCGAGGUCAUCCCUCGAUUGCAAAGCAAAUGGAGAUCUUUAAGAAAAUCGAACACGGCCAGCAUAUUGAUUCUCCGCUGGUGGAAUAUUAUAAAGUCAAGGCAUUCCGAUUCACUCCAAAGGCUCCAGCAGGGAAAAAGGCAUACACGGUGAUAGAUGGUGAAAAUGCGCCUAACCAACCUUUCCAGGUCCAAGUUCAUUCCAGAUUAGGCUGCGUAUUAAGUUUGUAUCCUACAUUCAAAAAUUCCAAUAUAUAA